CGCGUUUGAAAAGGGUGGCCAUAUUUCACGCGUUGUGAUUGGCCAGGCGCGUUGCAAACUCGCUUUGUCAUCGUUAGCAGUUGAAAACAUCAAUCUUGGCGACCAGUGGUAUAGUGGAAGUACAGGGUAUGAUUUGCUGCGGUAUCUCUUUACCACCGACCUUUGGAUUGGAAGUCAACUUGGAGGCCCUCGACCACCUUGACUGCAGUUUUUGCACGCAUGGCCGGCUAUGCAAAUCACCCUCAUUAACGCGCGACUGUAGUCCAAUCACUGCCGGUGAUUCAGUGCACGCGCCAAGCUCGUGUUCCGGUCUGUACGCGAAGUAACCCUCUGCCAGGCUGCGUCGUCAUCAGCGUCAUCACAUUACGAGUCUUGACCUAUUCGUCUUGCAAGUAGCACGCUCCAUUUGUUUGAGAAGAUCAUUCCCGCAGUGUGCAAUCGAUCACUUCAAGCAACAUGAACUUACCCUGUUGCUAUGUUUCUCAACUGGCGCUGGCAGGGUCAACUCCAACUUGCAUAAGAAAAGUGACCUAUAUGUCGUUGAAUAACCAUUUAUCUCAAAAUAAAUCACGCGUUGACGGGACACAUAGGCCUAUCCUAUACGUGAAGUAUAUGUGUACAGUAUAGAAACGCACACCGCAAGAUCUACACUGGACUUGCUAAGCCUACUUGGAACUGUUUUAAAAACUGGAUACUGGAGUCGCUGACACCCUGAAGACGUUUCUAAGACCGGCACCAGAUUCCGAGUGGCGUCGGUAGUUUGAGAGCACAGGGCGCGUACGAAGUACUCGAAACAGUCUGAUUGAGUCGACUAGAUUACCGCCACUUCCUGUUUUGUUUUGGUGCGAAACGGUCUCUACAUCACUAUGGCUUCUCUGAACUAACCUCGAGGCGCUUUCCCCGAGCUAACCAAACACGGCACUCAUGAGUAUGUCUGAAAGCUCCUCAUCCGAAGACGAGGUUUCAGUUUCUCCUCCCAGCUAUGGAGUCACCUUCACCAUCGGUGGCCUGCCGCUCAGUGGGUCCACCAGCGCUGGGAGCCCGCGAAGCCCCAGCGAGGCUGCCCCGGCGAGCCAGCCACCGGAGCCGGAGGACGACAACCGGCGGCGGGAACAGGAAAAGUGGGCCAUGCUGGCCGGUCAGGCAGCUUACAAGCUGGAGGCCUACGUGUUCCGCCAGGUGCUGCCCGAGGAGUUGAUCAAGCCGCACAUCUUUCCCCGCAACAUCACGGACAUGGAGGCGCUCAUCCACAAGUACGGCCGGAGCGGUGAGGCCGUGCGGCUGGAGAACGCCAAGGAGAAGUGGAAGCAACUGAAGAACAAGUGGCAGUGGACUAAGGCGCACACGGCCGCCCUCAGCGUCAUCAAGUUCGCGUACCUGCACAUCUCCAACCCGCUGGAGGUCAUGAUGCGCCUGGACAGAAACGACGGCGAGAGUUUGAAGGAGACGCGACGGGCGUUCCGCAAGUCCUUGCCCACCGAGCUCUACGAAGCUGGCGACCAGAUCGUGGAAAUGAUGCACGAAGCCAAUCUUCUGAAGGACGAGUCUUCCAUUAACGAAACAUAAUGUGGGUUUUUUAUGCAAACAAAUGUAAUGUCCAAAAAUCAAAUACAUCUAUACCUAUCAUGUGUACAUAAAGAUUAUUUUUUGUUGAAAAGUUUGAGUGCGUACAAACGCAGUAUCAUGUCGAAGUUAGUGAGUGCACAUGCAGGCCCUGUUCAAAUAGAGUACCGAGGUGUGACGUCACUGUGAACCAGAAAGUGCAGUGCAAACGAAUGGAAUACGCGCGCGUGUUGGUUCACGCGCUGGUUUUUGCGCUAAUGCCUUUUACACACUAAUUGUGCGCGUGACGUUUCACUUCGGUACUCUAGAAUCCGUACUUUCGUGUUUGUGCCCAUUCCGUGUCUGCAGAAUGAGCGAUCACUUCAUGGUGCUUUUAAAAGAUGUCACAGGUCGGAGUGGAAAAAUGAUUGUACCUGUAAUUGCGUUGCGCACUUUAAACACUUGGUAGAUGUGACGACAAUCUGCUUCCCCUUGUAGGCUACGCAGAGUUACAUAACCGGUGCGUGCAUCUUGAAAGAAGAUUCCCGUUUCAACAUUUUUUUUCUUGAGAUUUAUAACCGGCCUCAUUGACUGAACGAGUCGAAUAAAAAUUGGCAACUACAUGUAUUAAGUUGGGAGUUAAAAUUUUAGAGCAUUACGACUUAGGACUGUCCUUUCGAGAAAAAAAGUGACACCACUCGCAAAUGCAGCUCCGGAUGUGGUGUUCUCAAAUUUCACCGUGCUGAGUUUAUUUUGGGUAAAAAUGCACAUGCACGGACAAUGUAUAUGAACGUGCUUGGCGAACUGCGAGUACACACAUCACAGCAAAUAAUUCACCGAACCUCUGCGCCCGACUUGGGCACGUUGUACACGAAAUGAGCAACAUUGGGAUAGGUUAAACCUAAAGCUCCAUAAUAUAGUUAAACUGAGUUUUUUACGCACUCUUGGUUCCUGUAUUCAAAACAGAUAACGUGUACCAGGCACAUAAAUAAAUUGGAAAUCACUGGUAAUCCAGACAACCCCAUUUUGACAUACAAGCUGUGUAUGGCGUGAUGCAUAGGAACGCUAAUCUUAGCCUGUGUGAUGAAUUUACCUCCAGCGAUCUGUUCGUUACGAAUCGAGCGCAAAUUAUCUCCUCGUGUCACGUAGUUCACGUAAUCUUCACUGGUCUGGAACUGUGCACAUGUAUGAAAUUAAUCGAAAUCGAAUCCGGAUUGUACCAUGUAUCUUUUUAAAGGAGAGUUUGAAGCAAUUGUAUUCGCGAUCUGUUUUGUUCAUUCCAGUCGUUAACGGGAUACAAAAAUGUAUUAGAAGUAGAACAACGAAAACCAGGAGUUUCUAAGGGUAAAUUAUGCAUGUGAAUUUUUUGAGGAAUGUUUUGAGUGCUUUAUUACAAAUUCGAAUAUCAGAUACUGAAUACUUUUAAUAUUCUUUUUGAGCGUUUGUUUCUAUGGUAACUCUCAACCGAAGGUUGCUAUCAGUGCUUGACGUCAAAAGGUGUCGGAGUUGAGGAUACAAACGGACGCUCAAGUUAAAGCAAACUGGUGUCACGUGAUUAGCGUGGCACAACUGGCCAUUUUAAGGAACCGCCAUUAAAAAGUUGCCCGUCCAAUUUAAACAGUGGAAUGGCUCACAGUCACUUUUUUAAAGAAUACUUCGUUGUGAGAAGAACAAUAAUUAAUUUGUGGAUUUAUAUGUUGUGAAGGUACAGAGAGACAAAUUUAUUUAUGAUCGUAUAAUUCGGAGGGUUAUUAUCUCUGCUGUUAUCUUUGAUUGCAUUUUGUCCGAGCUCUUUCACUGUAUUUUGAAAUUAUCCGUCCGCCGUCUUGGGCGAGACGAUCAUUUUUUUUAAUCAUAAUUUGCUUGAUUUUAACUGGCAAUUGUUCCAUUUUGAUUGCAAAGUAACUUUAGAUGACCUCCGAAAAAUAUGCAAAACAGCCCAGGUAUUACACCUUGAAUUAAUGUCAUCGGCUAUUAUUUAGAAGCUGAAUUGGUCCGCAAAACCUGGUCAGGUUACAAACAGAAAUUGGAGAUGUUAGUUUCACGGUAUACACAAACCUAAUGCGGAUAUAAAAAGUACGUAUGUAUAUUUUUUUUGUCAGAUUGGUUUUGUUUUAAUACAAAUAGGCACAGAGUGUUAUCUCGAAAACCUUCCAAUGUAUAUGUGUGUGCGGUUCUGUAUAUUUUGAUUUUCAUAAAAAAAGGCUUUAUUUGAUUUUGUAUAAAUGUUGCAAAUAAGUUGUGUUUAUAUAUAAAGCGGCGAUUGUUUUUCUAUAUUUUAUUUGUUUAGAAUUUUUUCUGCAACCGAAAUACGUUAAAUGCUGCAUGGAAUCAACACACGCACGUCACGGUUGUAUGACACAAAAAAAUCCUCGUGGGGUCUAACUCCGUAACCACCACUUGAAAUGAAAGACUUCGCAACCACAUAAUAUACAUUGCAUACGUUCGAGUGCACAGAAUGUUGGCCUAUUUUGUUGAUCCAUAAUGUUGGUUCCCACACCACUGACGCUACAUUGAAAAAAAAAAUCUCCGUCAGACUUGACUAGUUGUAAUUACCUGAAAAGGGAGUUAACAUCACGGUUUGAGACGCUUAACUUGUAGGUUUGGGUUCUACUAGAGGACUGUGUGUCCUUCAGCAACGGUUCUGUCAUUAGUGUGCGUGCGAUAAUAUGGAUACUGUAAACCUCAUCUGUAUUUUUAAUUUGACUGACGUGCCAUUAAAAGAAGUAAGAAGUGAUUUUAA